GAUUUCUUCUUACAAGGUCAGACAGCCAUUUUAAUAUCCCUUGAGAAAUACGGCACAUAUGGCGAAAGGAAUGGCCUGCAAUGCAGCAGUCACGAAAUGUCCAUACAUCUCAAGGUAUAGCCAACAAUUGUGAGCCAAGCAAUCGUCCGUCGGGUCCUCGAAUCUUGGAGGUAUCCAUCGUUUGAUUCGUCAGACUAAGUUUCCGUUCAAAUGCUAUGGUGAACCAUAUUAUAUCCUCAAUUUCCUACACGCAUGCCUGGUUUGAACAAUAGGGGAAUCGGAUAUCGGGUUUCAAAAUGCCAUUGUAGGUCGAAGGCCUCAACAAACCUAGUGGUUUGGCCAAUCAAUGCCAUUCAACGUACGUCAUAUAAUUCGAUCUAUACCAAAACAGUUCAACUUCAGUAUAGGUAUCUAUACGUACAAUCAUAAGUAUAAAGAAACAAAAGUAACUCCGUGUUACCAUCUCUCCCUCUCUUUCUUUCUCGAUAUACUUCUCGUCUUUGACAUUAUUGUACCACUCGUUACCAUGGUCUCCGAGCACCAAAUCCCCAUCCUGAUCAUAGGCGGUGGCAUUGUAGGUCUAUCAGCUUCUCUCUUUCUCUCCCAACAUGGAAUACAAUCUCUCCUCAUUGAGCGUCACUCGGGAACAUCCAUCCAUCCACGAGCUCGAUCCGUCAAUGCUCGAACCAUGGAACUAUUCCACGGUCUCGGGAUUGACGAUCUUGUUCGAGAAGCAGGUGCCUCGAUGAAAGCGACUAUGGGUAUUCACAAAGGAAAAUCGCUCAAGGAAGUGAUAGAAGCUAAGAAACCAACCGAUGGCCCGAGAAAGUUUCCUUUGGCUGGUUUGAUGGAUCCAAUUAGUCCGGUGAAGGGAACGUUUGUGACGCAGGAUAUGCUUGAACCAGUUUUGGUGGACGUGGCAAGGGAACGAGGGGGUGAUUUGAGAUUCUAUACGGAAUGUGUUGGUAUUCACCAAGACAGUGAUAGUGUUACGGCCACGCUCAAAGACCGAGAAACUGGCGCUAUCUCCUCAGUUCAUGCAGAGUACCUUAUCGCCGCCGAUGGAGCAGGAAGUCCUAUCCGAAAUCGACUCAAUGUCCCAACAUCUGGACAAGGUACGAUGGGAUAUUUACUCAACAUACUAUUCCACGCCGAUCUCAAAUCUCUGGUACACAAACGAGAAUUUUCCAUCUGUGUGAUCGAACGUCCAGAGAUCUUUGGAGCAUUUACAUCCAUCAAUAAUGACGACCGUUGGGUGUUCCACCUCGCUUAUGAUCCCUCCAAAGGCAAGCAAGCUUCAGAAUUCACUCCCGAGAGAUGCAUAGAGUUAUUGCGCAUUGCAAUAGGAAUACCCGAUCUUGAAAUAGACGUCAAAAGCAUCCUGCCUUGGGAACCCUCUGUACGAGUAGCAGAUCAACUACAGCAUGGACGUAUCUUUCUCGCUGGUGAUGCUGCACAUCAGAUGCCUCCAUGGGGAGGCCAGGGUGCAAACUCUGGUAUUACAGACGCUCACAACCUUGCUUGGAAACUCGCACUGGUACUUCAAAAACAAGCAAACAAGAGAUUGUUAGAGACAUACAAUGCAGAACGCCAACCCGUCGGCAAAACAGCAGCAGAGGUAUCAGCAAGUGGUAGCGAUAAACGGGGAAUGAUCUCACUAAACCUCUGGGAUCCUGCUGUUAUAGUGGGAUUUUAUAGGAGGAUGGGGUUAAUCUCCGGACACGGAUAUAUUUAUGCUAGUGACGCAAUAUGCGCAGAGAAUACAUCUCCUCUCGGUGGUCUGACAUGGAAACCGUGGAAAUUAGCUAGUUUAUUCUUCUUAAUCGAUGGUAGACCUGGUAGUAGACUUCCACAUCUAUGGGCCAUGCAUGAAGGAAAACGCAUCUCGACUCUUGAUCUAUGCGGGAAAAAACUCAUCUUAGUGACUGGAGCAAAAGGAGAACCGUGGAUCGAAGCUACAAACUCAAUAUCGGAAACUCUAGCUAUCGACAUACUCGCAUAUAGUACAGGACCAAACGGCGAUCUCAUCACAGAAACCAACAUAUUCGAAACCACAACGGGUAUAUCACCUCAAGGUGCGAUAUUAGUACGACCAGAUGGAUUUAUAGCUUGGAGAGCCAGGAGACAAGAAUCUAGCGUAGAGACGCCACGAGUUCAACUCGAGCUGGCGAUAAGACGAGUUCUUUGUUUGGUGUAAUUUAUGUGUGGGCUUUGAAGACAGGGGGUUAAUUAUAUGGAAAUCUUGGAGUCUAGGGAUGGGUUUGGCGGAUGGAAUGGUGGGUAGAUGGGCAUUAUCUGGUUUGAUUUAUAUAUCUCCUCUUAAUAUUUAUUGAAAUAUAUACUUCUUUAUCUUAAACAUGUAUCUUCGAAUUUACCCAUAUACAUGGAAAUCUAUAAUAGGAUUUCA